UCUAACCUCCACAGACUAAUAUACAUUGGUCAUCUGAGCUCACAGCCGAUCCUAUUUGGUGUUGUUUCCUCCCUUCCAGAGAAAAUGUCCCUGUCCGGCUGGGUGUGUGUGGUAACAGGUGCCUCCAGAGGCAUUGGCAGGGGCAUAGCCCUCCAGCUGUCGGAGGCAGGAGCCACCAUCUACAUCACGGGGCGACAGGAGAAGACUCUGAAACAAACCGCUGCGGAGGUUAAGGAGAGGGGUGGGAACUGCGUGCCAGUUAUCUGUGAUUCUACAAAACAUGAAGACAUUGAGGAACUGUUUGACCGGAUCACAAAGGAACAGAAUGGCAGGCUGGACAUCCUGGUGAACAAUGCCUACGCUGGAGUACAGGAUAUUUUUGAAAGUACAGGCAAGAAGUUCUGGGAAACUGACCCGUUGAUUUGGGAUUCUAUCAACAACACAGGCCUCAGGGGGCACUAUUUCUUCUCGGUUUAUGCAUCUCGGUUGAUGGUGGCUCAGGGGCGAGGUUUGAUCAUCACCAUUUCAUCAAUGGGAGGGCUUCGGUAUCUCUUCAAUGUGCCUUAUGGUGUUGGUAAAGCCGCUUGUGACAGGCUGGCAGCAGACAUGGCUGUUGAGCUGAGGAGUAGGGGGGUGGCCUCUGUCAGCCUGUGGCCGGGGGCAGUACAGACAGAGCUGGUGAAUCAGUUGAUCCUGGAGAAAGAUGCAACACAGACUGUAAACUCUGAGAUGAAAAACGUAUUUGCCAAUGGAGAAACCACAGAACUGAGUGGGAGGUGUAUCGUCAACCUGGCAAAAGAUAAACAUCUGAUGUCUCUGACCGGGAAGAUUAUAAUGAAUUGUGACCUGGCAAGGCGCUAUGGGAUAAAAGAUAUUGAUGGUCGGAGUGUAGUUGAUUACACUUCCCUUAAAUUCCUCCUGGCCCAGGUCCCAUAUCUCUCCUGGCUCUCAGCUGUUACCCCCUCAUUUCUACGCCUGCCACGCUUUGUGCUCACCCUGGCAUAUAGCCGGUUCUAAACAAUUCCUCCACCAGUGAAGUGAAAGUGUAAAGCUGUAUACUUUAUACACCCAUUCCUACUUGAUGAUUCAAUGACUGUGAGUCUAUGAAGGAAAGACAUGAAGAAUUCUCUCGUAUAUUUUCUGUAUUUUAACAUCAGCACUAAUGUCCGCUGUGGAUGAAGCCACACAAUGUGAAAAUGUGAUUUAUUCAUAAUACUGAAUGUAAAGUAUUUGUAGGCCCUUGGGAAAACAUACAACAUCUGAAGCUUCACUCUAUAGUAAAACCCUUACAGAUGGUCCAGAGUGCAGCAGCGCAUCUGGUCUUCAAUCAGCCUAAAAGGGCACAUGUCACUCCACUGUUCAUUGACCUCCACUGGCUACCCAUGGCCGUCCAAAUUAAAUUCAGGUCACUAUUGCUUGCCAGCAAACCGACUUCUGAAUCUGCACCCAUCCACUUGAACUCAAUAACACGGGCUUAUGCUCCUUCUCGGCCACUGCAUUCCUCCAAGACAUGUCGUCUGGCAUCGCCAUCCCUGCUCAGAAGACACUCACAAACCAGACUGUUUGGUUCCCUGGUGGCAGAAUGAGAAUACAAUCUGAGCAUCUUUAAGAACCUCUUGAUGACUCAUCUCUUUCAAGAGCACCUCUAACACCUGAACUGGCACGUAAACUGCGCCCUUUUUUAACUGACCUCCUUGCGCUUUGUAUUAUUGAACAGAUUUUACAUUUAGUGCUCACUUCAAGGUCUCCCACAGUACAGAAGCUUUAGUGCUUUGCCUCUGAUGUAAGUGACUGCUUGCCAAUACCAAACAUUUAAAAAAACAUAUAACUGUAUUUUUGCACCUAUUUUUACAUGUACUACUUAUAUUGCCAUAUAUUGUACAUUCAGCACUGCUACAAGUACUAUAAGAGACUGACCUUCACAUAACAACUUCUUAAGUAAACCAAUAUGAACUCCAGUUUUCAGUUGUCAUUACAUGUAAAAAUGACCUGUUUCUAAAUAAAGACAGUGAAAUUCCUUGAAACAAGAUAAA